UGAUUGGCAGCUUGUCCCUGUUAGGAUCAACUCCACUUUCCUCCUCUUCGCUCCCCUGCCGAACACAAGUUGGUCAAACCACCGCAAUCACGGCUUGUUUCAUCUUUCGGAUUGGACGAUUUCCCCUUCAUCUGAUAGAGAAAUCCACAAGGAGCUACGAAGUUAAACCGCUUCACCAUUGGAAACGGUUGAUAGGGCCUCGGAUAGAUGCGCUCGAUAGCCAUCGAAUGCACAGCAACCGUUCCCCGCCCUCCACAACGGCCCCUCGAUUCAGCAGAAACAGGCCCACCGAUUGCCGCCCUCCAGAGAGAUUUGUGGAUAGAUAAUACAAUUGAGGUUCGGGAUUAUCGCGCAAGAUAAAGACGGACAGGAUGCUUGAUGGCGGAUUGGGCAAGUUGCAUAAGAGGAUGAAGCGGUUUGGUGAUACGUUGAACCCCGAUGAUGCGUAUUUGAGCUACUAUGACAUUCGAUUGACGAGAGAGGAUAUGCAAUCACUCAAGAAUGACUGGCUCACGGAUAAUAUCAUAUCCUUCUGGGAGGAAUACCUGGAACGCGAGUUUCUCGUCCAUUAUAAAUCAUCCAACAUUGUACUUCUGCGGCCCAGCAUGUCGUUCAUGAUCUUGCAGACACCCAAUCCGCACACGCUUCGGGAGGCCUUACCCGACUUCACGCGGACGACGCACGUCUUUCUUCCAAUCAAUGAUUGUCGCAAUGUAACUGAAGCUGAGGGCGGGUCUCACUGGUCGUUGCUUCUCAUAUCUAUUGUCGAUGGGAUAGCAUUCCAUUACGACUCACUUCCUCCUGGAAACAUCUGGGAAGCCCGGACGGUGACUAUGAAGUUUGGCACAUUACUCAAUCGACCCAUUCGAUUCAUUCACCUACAGGACUCGCCGGUACAAGAGAAUGGUAGCGACUGCGGUGUGUUUGUGUGCCUGAGUAUGCGGCAUCUGCUGCUGAAAAGGCUGUUGACUGCGAACGCCAGCGAGAAAGUCAGCAUGAGUCUGGGCGGAAUGAAAGUAGAUGCCCGCGGUGGAAGAAAAGAGAUGACGAAGAUCAUUGAUGGCUUCCGCAAGGAAGGCGAACGUCGGAGGUCAGCGAGUCUCAGCCCGCUAGGGAAGAAGUCAGCAAGCCCUGGCCCUCCACGAAUUGAAUGAUAAAAGUAUACUCGGGGCUGCAUAUGAAAACAAAUGGAUCGGCGAAGGCGUCAAGAGGAUGCGGAGUUCAAGUCUAUGGAUAAUGCAUACGUCAGACAGGACAUGGUUAUGAAAUAAGGCGGGGACCUUACCACUUCACGUUUUUCAUUCUCAGCAUCUUUUUACGCUCUGAUGGUUUCCCCUCCCUUUUCUCUAU